CACUAUUGCUGCCCGUGUCAUCUGCGUUGUCAACAGCACACCAGCGGCACGCCACCACCUCACUCCGACGCACAUCGCCUCCCCAUCUACCCGCGCGACUCUCCGCCUCGCCGUCGCCAUGCUCGCGGGGCUCACAGCGCGCCGCUCCUCUAAUGGGGUCGCCGCCGCCCGUUCCGCCGUCGCCCGCUGGACUGCCGCCGCAGUGAGGCUGCUCCCCCCCGCGCACCCAUCGCCCACCGCACCCAUCCACCCCUCUCCCGCGCCCACCUCCCACGCCACGCGCACCUCCACCACCCCCUUCCCCACCACCUCUGCCUCCUCCCCUUCUGCUCCCUCCUCCCUCUUCGCCCGAACCUUCCCCUCCACAAUCUCCCCCUCGUCUCCCCCAGCCUCCACCCCCGCGCCCCUCCUCCCCCUCACGCCCUCGCGCGCCUUCAUCCAGCUGCGCACCAACCUGCAGGUGGCCGACAACUCGGGCGCGCGCCGCGUGCAGUGCAUCAAGGUGCUGCGCGGCCGCGGCCCCAACGCCGCGGGUCUGGGCGACCUCAUCAUCGCGUCCGUCAAGGACGCGGAGCCCAGAGGCAAGGUGCGCAAGGGCGAGGUGGUCACGUGCGUGGUGGUGCGCGCCGCCACACACCACAAGCGCGCGGACGGCACGGAGGUGCGGUUUGACGGGCCGGCAGCGGUGGUGAUCAGCAAGGCGGGCGAGCCGGUGGGCACGCGCGUGUUUGGGCCCGUGCCGCACGAGCUGCGGGGCCGGAAGAUGCUGAAGCUGCUCACGCUGGCGCAACACGUGAUCUGAGUGCGGGGCGAGGGGUGUGGGGAUGGCACAAUGUGAUGUGGGCGUGGCGUAUGUGUUAGGGGGCCACGAUGCCCUCAUGGCUGACAUCUCUAACAACGUGGCCCAACAGGUGCAUGGCACCACGGGGGUGACCAGUCACAGCAUAGAAGGUGACCAGUCACAGCAUAGAAGGUGACCAGUGACCACGGCGAGUCUGUGGAUGUGCGGGGUGUGCAAGCAGCAAGUGUGGAGUUGACAGUGUGCAAGCAGCAAGUGUGGAGUUGACGGUGUGCAAGCAGCAAGUGUGGAGUUGACAGUGUGCAAGCAGCAAGUGUUGAGUUGACAGUGUGCAAGCAGCAAGUGUGGAGUUGACGGUGUGCAAGCAGCAAGUGUGGAGUUGACAGUGUGCAAGCAGCAAGUGUGGAGUUGACGGUGUGCAAGCAGCAAGUGUGGAGUUGACAGAGCUCGCUUCAGACCCGAGGUCUGUUGAGGUGUGCUAGUACUAGAUGUGGCUCCCCAUCCUCCAGUAUCAAGAUCAACUGAAUUUGCCUUUCCUAUGUGAUAAGUUAGGGUUUUGCUUACGUCUGUUUGAUGACAUUAUGUACACCUCGGUACACUUCAA